UUGGCGAGGUUCAGUUGAAAAAAUAUGGCAAGUUUAUGGAAGAAUACGGAACUCAAUUAAAAGAAAUUGAACAUGCUUUAGAUGAAACUCUCAGUGAUAUUUGGGACAUGACGCUUGAUCCCAUUUCUCUUCAGUACUUGCCAUAUGAAAGAACUAAUUUGUUAGAAUUAAUAUCUACCGAUAAUAAAAUUUUAAAUAAAAUCAUCACGGCGUUGGCUGCAAUAUGUUGUGAAAUGCAGGAAUUAUGUUAUGAAGCCAAAACAAAAUAUUAUAACAUUCUUCUUUUUUAUGGUGAAGGAGAACCCAAAGGAGGUUUUCAAGAAGGAGAUGCUCAAAUAGCUAUUGGAAGAAUUAUUUCAGUUAUGCAGGAGUUGUCCUGUUUUGUUAAUCGUUGCAACUUAGUAGUAAAAAACACAAUCCAUCAAAUGGCAUCUUUGUAUACAAAUAAUAAAAAUGGACCUACACUCAUUGAUGUUACAGAUGUUCAUUUCCAGACGGUAUACAAACAUUUGGGAGAACUUCUGACCACAUUAAUUACAUUAGAUGAAAUCAUUGAUAUUCAAGUCACAUUAAGAGAACAUUGGACUUUAUACAAAAGAAUGAUAAGCUCAAUUCAUCAUGAUCCAACAAGAUUUGGAAUUACUAAAGAGAAACUGUUGCCUUUUGAGAAAUUAAUUUCCCGACUAGAAAAUCAAUUACUAGAGGGCAGAAUUUUCCUGAGUUGCAUGGAACAAGGUUAUGACGACGGAAAAGCAUUUGUUUCAAAAAACAGCUACUUUGCGGAAGAAUUCUUUUUGAAUAUAAAAAAUUAUUUCAUGCUUAUUGAGCCAAAAAUAGGAGACAAUGCUGAAUUAAAUGCAAGACGAAGAAUUGUAGAUAUCUGUGCUUUGUAUGUAUUGUACUACUCGCUCUUUCGGAUUGUAGAUAAGAAAUUCUUCAAAUCGUUAUGGGAUGUAUAUAAAAAGCUUCCUGGAAUUCAUUUAGUUGGAAAUGUGUUAUGGUUUCCAGAUCAGUUUUUUGGAAAAUUUUCUCCUAUGAUAUCAAUUAUUGAUAGAAAAUCUCAAGAAAUGGUUAAGUCACAAAGACAGUUAUAUUUACAACAGAAAAGUCAAUCACUUCCAAAAGAUGUUCAAACAUUAUACUUGAAUGUUGCGUCAUGGAUGAUAAAAAUGGAUUCUAAUUCAGAAGACAAUGGGAAAUUGUUAGGUGAUUUAAACAGAAAAUGCAAACUUUUUAUUCAUGGUCUGAUGCUCGCAUGGAAUAUAAGCCAUCAAGUUAAAACAAUAACAAAUUUGCAUGUUACUUUAUCAAAGCCUAUGGUGAAAAGUUCAGUUCUUGCCUUAUUUAAAAUGGUUGAAAUGCUGAAAGCAAUUGAAGCGACAUUUCAUCGUCAAACGAUUUUCAUAUGUGAUUCUAUAAUUCAUAUCAUCCAGCAUUUAAGUUAUAUUGCAUUAACAGUUAUAAAUCAAGCUAAAAGAAAAAUCAUUUCUGAUAAAAAGUAUAGUGAAAGACAUCUUGAUGUUCUAUCGGCAUUAUUGCUUGCUGAGAAGUGUUUAAAUGGUCCUGGUACCAAGGAGAGACGUCUUAUAACAAAUUUAGUUAUGUCUCUUGGAAUUCAAAUGAAAUCGUUGAGAGAUGAUGAAUUCAACAGUUUCGUAACUGUGAUGAAAAACCUUGAUAUAAUCAGUGAUCUUUGGGAAAAAUUAAAGGAUGCCUGUGAUUGCAGUUUUCUCUAUUGGCAGAGAUUUUUGAUUCCCAUAUACAUAACAGAUUUGUUUGAUAAUGCAGUCGAUGCUCACAGAAUACACUAUUUGAUUGCUGCUUUGAGAGAUUCAGUUGGUCCAAUGAAAGUAACAAGACAUUUAUCGUCUCCUCAAGACAUGCUUAAUAGUUAUGAUAAAGAAAUAUAUAAUUAUUUAAAAGAACAUUUAAUAGAUCCCCUCUGUCGGGAUAUCGAGACAGAUUUGCGUCUGCAUUCACAUUCCCAUCUUCAACUUGAUGACAGAAAUCCAUUUAAUGUUGGAUUAAAGAAUUUAUCACAUUUGUUAACAAUCAAGCCCAUAAGAUUUUUUGAUAGAUACAUUAAUGUAAAAGCUCACGUUGAACACUAUUUAGAUAAAAUAUUUUAUAAUUUGACAACUGUUGCACUUCAUGAUUGGAAAACAUAUGAUGAAAUGCGAAGUUUAGCUAGACAAAAAUACGAAUUAGUGACAGUGGAAGCCCAUCUUCCGAGUCAGACAUUAGAACAGAGUUUAGAUGUAUUAGAAAUAAUGAGGAACAUACAUGUAUUUGUCUCAAGAUAUCUGUAUAAUUUGAAUAAUCAGAUAUUUGUCGAAAGAACAAGUAAUAAUAAACAUCUUAAUACCAUUAAUAUAAGACACAUAGCCAAUUCAAUUCGAAUUCAUGGUAUUGGAAUUAUGAACACUACAGUGAACUUCACAUAUCAGUUCCUUAGAAAGAAAUUUUAUAUUUUUUCUCAAUUUUUAUAUGAUGAACAUAUCAAAUCUAGACUAAUAAAGGAUCAAAGAUAUUUUAGGGAAAACAGAACACAAAUAGAUCAAAAAUAUCCAUUUGAAAGAGCUGAAAAAUUUAAUAAGGGCAUUCGUAAAUUAGGUCUCACACCAGAAAAUGAAAGUUAUUUAGAUCAAUUUAGAGCAUUAAUUAGUCAGAUUGGGAAUGCUCUUGGGUUUGUUCGAAUGAUACGUUCUGGUGGACUUCAUUGUUGUAGUAAUGCUAUUAGAUUCAUACCUGAUUUAGAUGAUAUAGUAUCUUUUGAGGAACUUUGUAAAGAAGAAAAUUUAUCUAAUGAGUGCAUUAAUGCUGCAGCUAAAUUAGAUCAUGUAAUUGGUAACCUUACUAAGAAUUUUUCAGAAGGCACAGAAUAUUUCAGGUUACUGGUUGAUGUAUUUUCUGCUGCUUUUCGGGAUUCCAAGAAUAUGCAUCUUCGGAACUUUUAUAUUAUUUUGCCACCACUUACAUUAAAUUACAUAGAACAUUCCAUUGCUUGCAAAGAAAGAAUGAAUAGAAAAAAUAAAAUUGGAGCUUCUUUCACUGAUGAUGGUUUUGCCAUGGGUGUGGCAUAUAUUCUCAAACUUUUGGACCAAUAUCAAGAUUUUGAUUCACUUCAUUGGUUUCAAUCUGUUCGAGAUAAAUAUAGAAAAGAAAUGAAUGAUGUUAUUAAAGAGAAGAAACAAGCAAUAGGUAAAGACGACGAAAAGUUACAACAAAUGGCGACUCUUACAGUGAAGCGUCUUGAAAUUUGUCAGCAAGAAUUUGACUUGCUUAAUUACUCCUUGAGCAGCGCACGCAUCUUCUUCCGAGCCGACUUAACAGCUGCCGAGGAAAAAGAACAAAAAUCCAAAGGAAACAAUUCGACAGAAGGAUCCUGUGAAUCUGCAUCAGUUGAUAUUACCUCUUAUUCAAUUAUGUAGAUUAACAGCAUGGUUUUAGCUUGAAGUCUGUUUUUCAAAUAGAUGGGAUCAUUUUAUAAUGGAAAUAAUCUGUAAAAAUUCUCAAAUGGUUUUCGUACAAAACCAGAAUAAAGAAGACCUAAAAUAAAAAAAAACACCAUUUAGUUAAUCCUAUUUAUAAACAAAAUAGAAACGUGAUUAGAGAUUUAUUCAAAUGAUUAAAAAAAAAAGCUGUUAAAUAAUUUAAAAA